AUGUGGAUCCUAACACCAAUAUCAUACCUCGGUGGAGUUCUUGGCUUCAUCUUCCUCACCCUCUCCGUAGCCUCGGGGUUGUAUUACAUGAGCGAGUUCGUAGAAGAACACUCACAAUUCUCAAAACGCAUUAUUCGACGAAUAAUCUACGCUAUCCUCGCUACGCACGUCCUACUCCUCCUCCUGGACGGUUUCCCGUUCUUCCUCACCAUCGUUGGAAUUGUUUGUCAUGUCGUCUACUUGACGAACCUCGCUUCAUUCCCUUACAUCAACCUGUCUUCUCCUCAAUUCAUCGCAUCAGGCGUCCUCGUCUUCCUCGACCACUUCCUCUGGUUCCGCCAUUUCUCCACCUCACAAUCCAUCCCCAACCUCUCCCCCGGCUCCCGCUUCUCCUCCAGUAACCCCCUCCCCUCAGCCCCCUCCUUCGCCGAGAUUGCCUCCUUCUUCGGCCUUUGCGUCUGGCUCGUCCCCGUCACUCUCUUCGUCUCCCUCUCUGCCGGCGAGAUGGUACUCCCAACGAUCGGCGCAGAUGGUGUGCGAGGAACAGAGAUGAGAAAUGAGAAGAGGACGGGUUUGGUUAAGACUUUGUAUAGGAAGGUCGGGGAGGGGUUGGCGCAGGUUAUGGAGACUUUUGGCUGGGGGAGGGAGGGGGAAUUGCCUCGGUCUGGGAGGUUUGUGUAA